AUGCGCUUCGCAAUCACCGCCGCCUCGCUAAGCCUCAUCUCUUCGGCUUUGGCCAUCACCAUCACCCAGCCCACCUCAGGCACCGAGUGGGAUUUCUCCACUCCGAAGACUAUCAAGUUCACCAGCGAUGCGAAUGAUCCGUCAGUGAUCAGCAUCAUCUUGCGAACCCAGGAUGGAUCCUUCCAGACCAAGCUGGCGGACAACGUAAAGACGUCCACGGGGGAAUACACUACCCAGCCCAACCCUAGCAUUUCCAACGGGUCUGACUAUGAAAUCGAGAUCAUCGACUCUUCGGGCGAGCUCGCUGUGAGCCCGACUUUUACUGUCGAAAAGGGUGCUUCGACCGAUGGUACUACUUCCUCCUCAUCAUCUUCUUCCACAUCCACUACAUCUUCUUCUUCCUCUUCCUCUUCCUCUUCUUCUUCCUCCACCACCACUUCCUCCUCUUCGACAUCCAGAUCGGCCACCUCUACCUCCACGUCUUCGUCGUCUUCUACGGGCACUACGCUCGCCACAUCCGCGUCUUCUACCUCGAGCUCAAACAGCACUGCCACCACAUCCACCGCUCAGCUAUCCACCGGCGCGGCUUCGUCUACAUUUAACGCUCCCCAGGGAGUCGUGGCUCUGCUUGGUGCUGCUUUGGCGCUUCUCUACGUCUGA